AUGCGGCCGGCGACCAAAGGUAACUUGGUGUUAGUUGAUACUGCAAACAUAAAUUAGUUAAUUGUUAAAGAGGCUUCAACACGGUCAACAUGAUGACGUCUACUCUCACAAGCUCAUGUGCAAAAUCAAUCAUAGGCUUGUGUAAUUUAAGUUUACAAAUAGGAGAUUAUAGACCACGCUUUAGUAGAAUGCUUAGACCUUUGACAUAGUUGAAAACGUACGCUCCAUUUUACUCUAUCACUGGAACAAGCAAACUUUAGAAGACCAAAGUAAGGUCACUGGACACUUUUUAUAUCAUCGACUUUAUCAUUAUCAUCAUAACUACGAAAUCUCAUCAUCUUUAUCUAUUGUACUUUAGAAACUAAUGGACCGUGAAUAUUAUAUCUUGAUAUUCUCAAAGAUGCGUUUGAAUGACUAUGGUUUGCCUUGUUUGAAAUCUACACUUGGUUUUUGUUUUAUUGAGAUGAUACUGAAUAAUGAAAACCUCGUCAGUGCACUGGUGAUUACAUGUGUGCUGCUUUAAAAAUAACAAACCUAAACAAAGACAUAAAUGAAUAAAAAUUAAAGAAUAAAUUAAUGUGAGAAAAUUUCAAUUUUAUUUAUCACUUUACUAGAAAAUGAAAUAAGACUUGAAGUCUUAUUUCAGUGCCCAGGAAAAGUAAACGUAGCACGAUAAAAGCCCUUGUUCUACGCUCCUUCCAAUUUAAGAGAACACGAAAGGCACAGUGUAGCCGGUGACAACAUGACCAGUAAGGAACCCCCAUCUCGCUAAUUACGUUUCGUGAACUUGUCAUUUCAUACACUUUAACAUAAGUCUUUAGAAGUGACAAUUUCUUACCGGAUACAUUCGUUGUGCGUAAACCUUUUGAUGUAAGCAGGGCCGAACUGAAAGGGAAAAAGAUUGGAGGCGACGUAAGUUUCUAACGGAGUAACAACCUCGAGAUCAAUACAGCUGUAGACCCAAGUCCAUCAUUUUCUCUUGAUAGAACUUAUCGAUACAAGACGUAUACUAUCUAAUGAUAAAUUUGCUCAUUUCCUUGAAUUUAUCGCAUUUAGGAAUUAGUUUUCCUUUCCUCGCGUUCCAUGCCGCAGCCACAAGUUUAUCUCAUGAUCAAAACGAUGCUUGUAGGAUGGUGAAAAGUUUUGGUGUCUGCAAUGCUGAUGUAAAGUUAGUCACGUUACUUCAUUGGCGAGUCUUUUAUUUUCAGAUGGAGAGAAUGUCAACCCAAGCCGACAAAAACGCUCUGCUCUAAACGUUUUACAACAGGAUUCAAACCUAACAUCUACUGAAUUACAAAUACUUAUCAAAAAAGAACUUAGUCUACUGCAAAACCAAUUCUUUGCUAAGGAUCACGCACUCUGCCGCCCAGGACCAAAAGGUAACAGGGGUCGCUUUUCGAGGCAAAGUGGGAACUCGGGGAAAACCGGGUCCCCCGGGGAAACCAGGACCAAACGGACCUCCUGGCAAACAUGGACCAAUAGGCCAAAGUGA